ACCACUGCUUCAGAAUCAAGAUGGCUGCCCACAGUGCUGUGCUCUCCAUGUCCAAAAUCUUUAAUCCUUUCUGGGGUGGACGCCUCGGAAACACGGUUAAAGUAUUUGGGACAACUCUGACAAGUCACAGGAAUAGGAGCUCACGUAAUGGAGACAACAUUCCCCCUCCUGCAAAGUAUGGAGGCAGACACACUGUGACCUUGAUACCUGGAGAUGGAAUCGGCCCAGACCUGCUCAAUCAUGUCAGAGAGGUUUUCAGGUUUAGCUGCGUCCCGGUGGACUUCGAGGUGGUUCAUGUCAACUCUGCUGAUGAGUCGGAGGAUGAUAUCAACAAUGCCAUCAUGGCCAUUCGCCGUAAUGGUGUUGCCCUCAAAGGUAACAUUGAAACCAUACACACCAUGGCACCAUCUGUCAAAUCCAGAAAUAAUCUCCUACGCACAAACUUAGACCUGUAUGCCAAUGUGAUGCACUGCCAGUCCCUCCCCGCAGUCCAGACUCGCCACAAGAACAUCGACAUCAUGAUCAUCAGGGAGAACACGGAGGGAGAGUACAGCAGUCUGGAGCACGAGAGUGUAUCAGGGGUAGUGGAGUGUCUGAAGAUCAUCACCAGGACCAAUUCCCUCAGGAUCGCUGACUAUGCCUUCAAACUGGCCCGGGAGAAAGGUCGUAGCAGGGUCACCGCCGUGCACAAGGCUAACAUCAUGAAGCUGGGUGAUGGCUUGUUCCUGCAGUGCUGCAGAGAAGUGGCCUCUGGCUACCCAGACAUCACGUUUGACAGCAUGAUUGUGGACAACACCACCAUGCAGCUGGUGUCCAAGCCCCAGCAGUUUGAUGUGAUGGUGAUGCCCAACCUGUACGGGAAUGUGGUGAGCAACGUGUGUGCUGGCCUGGUGGGGGGGCCCGGCCUCGUGCCCGGGGCCAACUAUGGCCUUAACUAUGCUGUCUUUGAAACGGCCACAAGGAACACAGGGAAGAGUAUCGCAGGAAAGAACAUUGCCAACCCCACCGCCAUGCUGCUGGCCGGCUGCAUGAUGCUGGACCACCUCAAGCUUUAUGACUACGCCACAAUGAUCCGAAAUGCAAUCCUCUCCACCAUGAAUGAAACCAGGUUGCACACAGCUGAUAUCGGGGGUCAGGGCACCACAUCAGAGGUGGUCCAGUCCAUCAUGAGGAACAUCCAGAGUAAAGGGCCGCUCAUAUCUGAGCGUUAAACACACACACACACACACUCAAAAGGUGUGAGAACAGGUUAUCCACGCAUGUCUGUUUCCAUAGCAUCAGGUCUUAUCGCUAACAUUAAAACGGUUGUAUUUUCUUCUUGUUCACACGGCUUACAGACUCUACAAACAUCUUUUUAAAACACUCCUGUGUGUAACUCAUACUUCACAAGAACGGUUUACUUUUGAUAAAUAUCAGUACUUUUUUUUAAUUAGAUGAAGCAUUCUGCUAUAAGUACAUUUGCUCAAUUCAUCAGGUUCAUUUGUGGAAGAUGUAGUUUUACAAAUUGUUAUGAAACAUGAAGGCCUCUUUUUUCUGUUCGAAUGUUGGCCUGAUAUGUUGGGGCCAGAAAUAUUUAAAAUAUCCUCAUAUGUAUUGUCCACCCUCUUCAGAGAAUCCUUAUUUAUUUUCCAAUUUACAACUAUGUUACUACCUUUUCAGUCAACCAAAAUGUGCUAUGUGCUUCAUUUAUUGCUCACCUUUUCUUUGUCUUACUGUAACUUAAAUGUCAAGUUGCCUAAAAUGUACUGUCGUAUGUGUUCACAUCAGAUCAACUGUACUAUAAAAAUGGUGAUGUAGUUAUUUCAUAUAAACUGUAUCGAAUAAGGUGUACAUUAAGUAAAAUUACUUUUAAUCAUA